CCGCCCUCGCUUGGCCUCGCUCAGCCCCCCCAUGAGAAAAAAAACCACGUCAUCCGUGACACGUCACCCGUCACUGUCACGACUCAACUUGAACUCGAACCGUUACGUGUCAUGGACCAGGCCCCUCCCGCGUCCUCCUCUUCUUCCACUCCCGCUGCGACAGCGGCCACCCCUGCACCAGCGCCGCUCCCCGCGCCGGUGCCGAUCCCGGUGCCCCCGCUCACGCAGACGAAGGCCCCGACGCCCAUCCCGACGCCGCCACUCACGCGGCCCACGCCCAUCCCGACGCCGCCGCUCACGAGGCCCGUGCCCAUCGCGGCGCCCCCGCUGAUCAAGGUGCCCCGGCCGGCCCUGGCGGCGGAGGCGAAGAGCCCGACGACGGCGGAAGCAGCAGCAGGGGUCCCGGAACCAGCAGUGGCAAAACCAACACCAACACCAGCAGCAGCAGCGGUGGAAAAUCCGGCACCGGCGCGGCCACCGGUUAUACUCAGACUCGCGCCACCAGCCCCGGCUGUCCCUGUCCCAGUCACGGUACCCACACCGACGCCAACACCGGUUGCGAUUCCCGUCACGGUUCCCACACCCACCCCCGUUGUUGUACCCGCGCCAAAAGCAGCUACAGCGCCCGCCCCGCUGCCGCUGCAGAUGCCCGUGCUGCCGACGACGAUGAGCAGCGCGACUGCGGCGACGAUCGCGGCGGCCGCACGUGCUUUGAAUAUAUCGACGCCCAACUCUGCGCCGAUCCCGCCGUCGUUCUACCGGAGCGACACGACGUUCAACCCGUCGCCGUACCAGCCGUCGCGGCCGUACCCGACUGCGCCGGCGACGCACCCGUCGAUCGCGCCGCCGCCGGUGCCGGGCGCGCUGUUCGACAAGCCCGGGACCGGGUCGGGCGGGGCGGCGGCGCCGUUCGACGGGCUGCUGGUGCACCCGCCGUUCAGCGUGCUGCCGGACGGGGUGCGGCUCGCGCCGGGCGACGUGAUGAGCUACAUGGUGCUGCACGCGCACCCGGCGUGGUUCCUCGACGUGCGCGACUAUGUCACCCUCGAGGGCGCGCCCCCCGGCGCGAUCCGCUACCCGCGCGAGCUCGAGCCGCCGCGCCCGAAGAGGCAGAAGGACUUGCUGCUCAGGUGCACGUUCUGUCCGCGGACGUAUGCGGGCGUGAACGCGAAGAGCAUGUGGACGCGGCAUGUGAGGGAGAAGCAUCGGAUCGUGCUGAGCAAGGCGUGGACGGACAGCGCGAUUGCGGCGAGGAAGGCGGCGAUUGCGUCGGGCGCGAUCGUGAUCAACAGCGCGGGGAACGCGGUGCCCACGUCGCCGUCUGCGGCCAGCUCGCCCUCUACGCCGUCGCCGUCAGCCUCAGGGUCAGGGUCAGCCUCAGCGUCGACGUCGGCGGGCCGCGUGAUGCCCAUCAUCCUCCCGCCGCGCCCCUCGCUCGCGGUCUCGGGCACGGGCACGCCGUCCCCGCCGACGAGCGGGAGCGGGAUACCCAAGGUGAUCAUCCCGCCGCGCCCCGUGCAGAUCAGUAUCCCGCCGCAAACGGCGCCGCCGCCGCUCGUGGUGCCGCCGCUGACGGUGCCGGUCCGCGGGAAGCCCGGGCCGAAGCCGAAGCCGCGGGCGUCGCCGGUGAAGGGGGGGACGGGGCGGCCGCGGGGGCGGCCGCCGAAGGUGCCAAAGAGUGGUGCGGGUGCGGCGCCGGCGAGCGCGAGUGGGACGCCGACGACAAGGUCGACGCCGACGCCGGAGAGCAGUCCGGAGCCGGAGGGGGGGAUGGAAGUGGAAGGGGAAGUGGACAAGGGGUGGGUGCGGACGGACUCGCCGCCGCCGCCGGAGGGGAUGUUGCCGCCGAGGAUGAGGCCGGGGCGGGCGGUGUUGUUUCGGCCGAGUUUGGGGGCGAGGGCGGGCGAGGAUAAAGAUAAAGAUAAAGAGGGGAGCAAGGAAAAAGAGAAGGAGAAGGAGAAAGACGGGGACGUGCAGAUGGAGGAGGAAGGCGCCAAGGAGGAGGCGAUGGAGACGGAGAGCCAGACGGAGCUCGACAACGCGCUCGUCGCGGAUUUGCUGCUCAUCGACGACGGCGAGGGCGAAGGGGCGGACGCGGACGCGGACAUGGACAUGGAGCCCGACUCCCCGUGCGCCGAACCCGGGCCCGAGGAGGACACCGGCCCGCCCCCGCUCGGCGCGGCGCCCGCGCUGUUCGGGCUCGGCGCGCCGAGUCUGCGGGACCUCGCGGACCGGGACCUCGUGAUCUCGCCGCCUGCGUCGCCUGCACCCGCGUCGGCCGGCAUGGGCAUGGAGCUCGAUACGGAGCGCUCCCGCUCGCCGUCGCCGGCGGGCAGUGGGAGCGGGGUGCUCACGCCGACGCUGCUGCCGACGCUGUUCGCGGUGCCGCUCGCGGACGGGCCCGGGGCGGCGGGCGGGAUCGUGCUGCGGAGCGCGGCGCCGCUGGGGCGCGAGGCGGCGGCGGCGCUGAUUGGGCGGCUGCGGAGCGCGGGGGUGGCGGUGGCGGUGGAUGGUGACGCGAUGGAUGUGGACGGACAAAAGGAGAUGCAGAACGACAAGGAAGAGGGCGAGGGAGGGGGAGGGGCGGAGCUGGACCCGGCGCUGGCGGCGUGGGCGGCGGCGUACGUCGCGGGGCUCGGGCGGGACGUCGGGGAUGCGCUCGCGGACGUGUUCGUGGUCGGCGCGGCUUCCGAUGCCCACGCCCACCCGGACGCGGCGGGCGGGAUCGGGAUGGCGGAGGCGAGCGGGAUGGCGUCGGCGGUGGCGCGGGAGGUGGGCGCGGCGCUCGCGGGGGGCGUGCUCGCGCUCGCGGGUGGGCUGGUGCGCGACGGGAUGGCGCGCGCGGCGGAGGACGCGUGUGUCGGCUGGGAAUGGCGCGGGCGCGCGCUGGCGAGUGCCGUCGAGGAGGACGGCGCGGACGGGGACGGGGACGGGCCGGAGGUGAUCAGGCAUCCGUUGGUGCAUCUGGUCGUCGGGUGA